UUUUUAGAAAUGUGAAUCCGCCUUGAGAGAGCUGGCAUCCCUAGUAGAAACAGCAGGAAAGGUCUAAACAAAAAAACAAAACAAAAAAUAUUAUAGCCUGACAAAGAAAAUUAACAGAAAGCAUAGAAUAAAAAAAAUGUCAUCAACACCAGCUGAAGAAAUUGAAUUACUGGAACGAGUGCUCCUGCGUUUGGGCUGUGCCGACAGCGAUGAUAAGUUGGAGGCUAUUGUUGGACGUUUUCUAACGCCGGUAAUACUGAAGAUUACUUCGCCUCACGAUGCAGUCCGAACAAAGGUAGUUGAAGUGUUGACGCAUAUUAAAAGACGCGUUACUUCGCGUCCACUUGUGCAAAUACCCGUAGAAGCUUUGCUGGAUCAAUACUCAAAUUCUGGAAAUUCCCCAUUUUUGCUCAAUUUCGCUAUAAUCUUCAUUACUAUGGGCUUUCCAAGGUUGAAUAUCGAACAACAAAGUGCGCUGGUGCCCAAGGUGUUGGCUAGCGAGGAGAAGCUGGAAAAUUAUCGAGAUAAGCUUUUCAUGCUCGUGCUGCCGAUACUAGGUGACAUAAAGUUACCAGACGACCCAGCGCGUGUAAACGAGGUUCUAAAGUUGAACGAUAAGCCAGCUAUACGUAAAAACUUUUUACAACUGGUACAAGAUGUCUUGCUUCUGCCUUAUGGUGUUACCCAAGAUCAAGACGUACCGCCUGGCAUGAGCCCGUAUUCCUUUAAACGCGCCGUAACAUGCAAUUGGAAAGCCGAAGAGUUGGAAAAGAUUAAAAAAGGCAUAGUGCGCCUAAUAUGCGCCGGACUCUUCAAAGAUGUCGAAUCAUUUAUUUUACUAGUUUUGGCGUCGUCGGAUACACGCUUCAGCGUAGCUACGCCAGCCAUAGCCGAGCUUAGUAAAGUUUGCACCGCGAUUGAUUUUGCCGAUCCACAAGUGACUGCCCCACUCUAUACUCUGUUUUGUGGCAAUAAUAUUCAGGAUGCUGAGCGUAAGACGACACCAUGUUGUGCGCGUGUGCGACAAAAACUACUUCAGUAUUUGAUUAAAUGUCGUGGUAAGGGCAUAAAUACGCCCAAGGGUAUACAGGUGAUAUUCGAAGGACUCUUCGGCGAAAAUACGAAUCAAAAAUGCAAGGUUUUGGCUUUACAGUUUGCAGAGAACCUUAUCAAAGACGGCCCUAUUGUCAUUGUUUCCAAAGUAGCUAAAGUGCUGCUCACUGGCCUCAUAAAAGUGGGUGGCCGUGAGACGACGGAACCAUUUGAUGUACAAAAUGCAGCACUAUCGGCAUUAGCACAGCUAUCACGCACCUGUCCGGAUGUAGUAAACCAGGAUUUAAAAGUAGUAUUGGCUUUCUUCAAUCACUUGGCUAAUUCACCAGCGGAAAUACAGUCAUCCAUACGUGAUGCAUUAGUCGCCAUGGCACCCGCAUUUACUUGGAAGUCACAAUCGGCAACAGAUGAAGAAGGAAAUCUUGAAGAAAAUGUGCAAUUGAGUGGACAACAACACCUGCUAUUGGCUAUGCUUUCGGACAAUGUUGAAUCGAAACAACAAAUCGUACAAAAUGCUACCAGUGUUUUUUUAACCACUUGUUAUCCGGAAUACUAUGCACCAGCAAGACUGUUAUUGCUUUUAAUUGCCGGCGAGCGCAAUCACUUACAUGACACUGUCACCACAUAUUUGUAUGGUGUUUCAAAGAAGGAUCAUGUAGACUAUAAUUUGAUUUAUUCUGUUGAAUACGUGGAGAAACCAAAAGACAACUUUAACCAACUUUCAGCUGAACGCCGUCCAAUAGUAUUACCCAGUUUCAAAUCCAUCAUGCAACAUGUCAGCCAAAUGGCUGAAAGGCGUUUGAACAAGAAUUACGGUUGCGUUACAAUUGGUAAUAUAAAAUUGGCAUUUAGUCUGACCGUCUAUGAAGAGAUACUGGAUUAUUUGCGCCUCUGCCUUUGGUACUCAGCUGGUGCGCGUUCAGCACCGGGUGAUGAAAGGGCAGCAACGAAAUUGAAGGCAUACAUUUCAGAAAACUAUGAGCAAAGUGAUCAAAAUGAGUUGCAUCAGUAUGUACAGUUUGUAAAGCGCUGCGUGGAAGCUAAAAGAACCGAGGUGAAUCUGCUCUGCCUGUAUGAUUUAUUAAAUGUUGCCCCCGAUUUACUCACCGAAUCUCACAUGCAUUUGCUCACUCCUUUGGCAAAUUCCUUAAAAGAUGUCUCUGAGACAAUGCGUAUCCAUGUGGCGCAGGUGUAUGGAAUACUCUUGGCCUAUGGCUGUAAAAACGAUGAUUUCGAUGCGCAGAUUAGUGAAUGUCUCAAAGAUUUGCCGCAAAAAUCAUUGGAAAAUAAACAUGGAUGGAUGCUGGUUUUGGGCCACGCUUUCAGCCGUAAGCUUGCACUCAAAUCUAAAACUGCAGCCGGCAAACAACUAAAUGAAUGGGAAGUUUUUGUUAACACUGUGAAAAUUAUAGUAAAAAUGAUGCACGAAUCACAGUGGUUGCUAGUAGCUGCCGCAGUCAAGUGUAUAUCGAUGAUUGGCAAAAUGGCUAUAAUACCAAAUGUUGAGGUCGAAAUUCUUAUACCUGUGUCUAGCGAUAAAAACGACGAUGAUGAUGACAUUGAAUAUGAGACUGCUAAAGCCUCCACUAAGCUUUUAAUAUAUCAUGACAUCUACACUCUGCUGCGCAAUGUGUCAGUGCGCGCACGUGUACGUGAAGAUGCGGCACGUUGUCUUGGCUACUUGGCUAUUGGUGAUGGCGAAUUCUUUACACAACGAAAUUUGGACAAGUUUUUGUCCAUUGUUAAAACACAAAAGGACGUUGCUUUGAAUAUAGCUAUCUCAGAAGCUAUGGUUGCUACGCUUAAUGGUUAUGACGUUAAUACCAGUGAUGAUAUUGCCACCGAGCAUACAAAUAAUCCCUAUUGUAAUGAUGAAAUGUUUGAGAAGUUUAUGAUGUCGCUGGUGCGUUUGGUGCCAGAGCCAAAUGUGCACUCGAGACAGGCCACUUCAGUUUGGUUGCUAGCUUUGAUCAAAAACUGUAGUCACCGUCCUGCUGUGCUCAAAAAUAAAGAAAUACUGCAAUUCGCGUUCACUGAACUGCUCUCCGAUGACAGCGAAUUUGUGCAAGAUGUUGCAUCGCGCGGCUUGGGACUGGUCUACUCACUAUCUGACCCCAAUAGCCAAAAUGAUUUGGCCAAUUCACUCUUGGAUCAGCUAAUCGGUGGUAAAAGACAAGUGAACAAAGUCAGUGAAGAUACUGAGCUUUUCGCCGAGGGCAUGUUGGGCAAAACGCCUACUGGUGGCAACAUUACCACUUACAAAGAACUCUGCUCGCUCGCCUCCGAUCUCAAUCAACCGGAAAUGGUAUACCAAUUCAUGCAGUUGGCUAAUCAUAAUGCCGCUUGGACCAGCAAAUUAGGUGCUGCAUUCGGUUUGAAAUCGAUAAGCGCCGAUUCCAAAGCUAAAAUGCAGCCAUACUUGGGCAAGAUAAUACCGCGCUUAUAUCGCUACAAAUACGAUCCAACACCGAAAAUACAAAACUCAAUGAUUUCGAUUUGGGAUUCGGUGGUUAGCGAUCCAAAAGAGGCGGUUGAGAAGUAUUACUGGGAAAUUUUAAAAGAAAUUCUCGACAAUUUAACAUUCACCGAGUGGCGUGUGCGCAUUGCUUGCUGCUUAGCCGUGCGAGAUUUGUUGAAACGGCCGAAUGGUUUGCGUUUACGCAGCGAUGAAAAGAAGCUGGAUGCUAUAAGGCAGAACAAAAAUACAAAUGAGGCGGAUAAAAGUGGCGUAACAGCUAUGGAUGUGGAUGAAAUUCCCGAACCUGAACUGCGUGAACUUUGGGCGCAACUAUUUCGUGUGAUGGAUGACAUACACGAAGGCACACGUUUGGCAGCACAAGGAUCUGUUAUGUUUUUGAGCAAGCUUUGCGUUUCGGCUGCUUCAUCAGAUCACGGUAAAUCUGGUCUGGCUGUAGCCUCUUCCAUUUUACCUUUGCUACUACAAACUGGUGUUACACAUACCGUUGCGGAUAUACGUAAAGUCAGUAUUCGCACGAUUUCCGAAAUGAUUGACUCAUCAGGCUCCUUAAUUGAGCCACAUCUACCCUUGCUUAUACCAUGUCUACUGAAAGCUACUGGCGAGGUGGAGAGCUCUAAGCUAUCGUAUUUGUCAACGCGUUUAGGUGCUGAUAAUGAGGCGCAAGAGGCUGUCGACACAGUGCGCGCUGAGGCCGCGAAGUCGCAUCACACAAUGGAAUCGAUAUCAAAGUGCAUGCGCUAUAUAGACUACAAAGUGCUUGAAGAGAUGACCCCUAGCGUCUUAGAGUUGAUUAAAACGAAUAUUAUUCUAGGCACCAAGAUAGCGUGCGCCCAUUUCGUCUGCUUGAUAAGCAUUCGUGUUGGUAAAGAAAUGUCGCCGCUUGUGGGUAAGUACCUCGCCGCUUGUUUUGUGGGCUUAAAAGAUCAUAAUGCCACCGUGCGCAAAUAUUACGCAAACGCAGUGGGUCAUUUGGUGGGCAUUGCAAAGGAAAAGUCAAUUAAAAACUUGUUUGUCAAACUCGAUGAGCUAUAUAUGGAAAAUUCUUCAAAUCGCUCCGUCGCAAUCACCAUACAGGCAAUUAAUAAGCGCCAUAAUGACUUGUUAAAAGACUACUUGGAUGAUGUAUUGCCACUGGUAUUCUUUGCCAAGCACGAGGAAGCCAACGAUGAGAACAAGUCGAAUAUUGAGCUGUGGAAGGAAUUGUGGAACGAGGUGAGUCCAGGCGAUGCUGGCAUACGCAUGAAUUUGCACGUGAUCAUACCGAAAUUGGAGAAGUCGCUGGACGAAGCCAGCUGGCUGCGUAAGACACAGGCAGGCAAUGCCAUACACACGAUUGCCAUGAGACUUAGCGGCACCAUCGAGGAAUCGGAUCGUCUACGUUUAAUCAAUUUGCUGCUCAGCGAGUUGCAAGGUCGCACUUUCAAGGGUAAGGAGCGUUUAUUGCAGGCUUUAGCAGCAUUGUGCAAAGGGCUCGAUCGUCAUCAUGAAGUCACUGUACGUAUUUUGGAUGCCGCCAUGCGCGAGAGCCGCAAGGAGGAGCCACAGUAUCGUACGUUGGCGCUGCAUGCGUUGGGCGAUAUACUAGAGGAGCUGGAAGUGGAUCGCUUUGAAGAGGUUUACGAUAUGACUUGGUACUUACUCGAAGAGAAGGAAUUGCGCAAAGAUGAUAGUGAAGUGGUUGGUGAGAAGAGUUUAACCGCCGAUGAGCGCAACAAGCGCGCGACUAUUUUCAAUAAAUUGAAGGAGACGGUUUGCGAGACACUGGGCAAGUCUUGGCCGAAAAAUGGCAUCGAAACGCAAUACAAGUAUCAGUUGCUAUUUGUGGAACGCUGCUUGUUGUGCUUGCGCAGCAGCACGCGUCCCGUGCAGGUGAGCCUCCUGGGCGCAUUGUGUAAGUUCGUUGAGCGUUUAGGCGUAUUUGCAAGCGACAGCGUACCACCCAUGCUGGAGGGCAACAAGGAGAAGAAGGUGAAAAUGGACAAUUGCGAGACGCGCGAUGCGAUUGUAGAGAAAAUCUGCAAUCAAGUAUUGUCAGCGGUUAUUUAUGC